UUCCCCUAUAUGCUAACGUAUUCUGUUAUUUAUAACAACUGUCCUUUUAUCUUAACCUGAAACUUACUUAAUUCAUUCCAAAUUGUUAAUUUAAGCUCUUAUAAUUAAUUGAUUUUCCUUAAUAACCGGUGUAAUAUUAUGUUGAAAUAUAAUUACAGUACAACCAAACUAAUUUAUGUACUUUGGUAGUUGAAAUACUAAGCUAUGGCUGCAGAGGGACAAGUUAGUGUGAGGAAGAAAAGGGAACAAGAAAGUUUGUGGCUUUGUUUUUCAAUGUCAGAACAGCUCCAAAGUGUCUUCAGAGAUUACAAGUUGUUGAAAAGUUUGAUGGUGAUCGGACAAGGUGUCGCGUCUCUGGCGGGCAUUGGGCAACUUAAAUACCUCGAGGAACUGUGGUUGGUUGACGCUGGUCUACAUCAACAGAAUGCCCUGUACAUCAACGAGUGCCCGAGCCUGACACGCCUGUACCUGUACGGCAAUGAGUUAACGGCGAUUCCUGUUCUUGACCAAUUGGGCAAACUUACACACCUGUGGCUUUCAGACAACCGCAUACAGACUUUACAGAAUUUGAACUGUUUGAAAUCGGUCAAAAAUCUUUACCUGGGCAAUAAUAAAAUAUCCAACAUUGACAUAAAGCCUAAACCAAUAUUGAAAAUUGAAGCUAUUAAUUUAUCAGGAAAUCCACUUCAUACUUUUAACGAAGUGGAGAAGUUGACAACUCUGAAGAGCCUCAAAACGUUGACCCUGUGGGACUCCUUGUUCCGGGUCACUCCUGUUACUCUGCUGGCCCACUACCGAGCGCACGUUAUACACUGCAUGCCCGACCUGGACUCCCUGGAUACGGUUGACAUCACAGAGGCCGAGAGGCAUCUGGUUCAGGUGUUUUAUGAAUCAAAAGUACAAUUUUACCAUUUAACUCUUCAACAUGAACUGGCAAAACUUUGGGCAAAUCAAAAAUAUGAUUUAGAAUCUAAAAAUAAAGAGCUGGAAAUUAUUUGGUCAGCACUCCAUUGCCACGGACCUGUCGACAUAAAGACAGCAAAAAAUAAAAGUAGCAACUUGCGCUUUUGGGAAGAUGAGGCUCAAAGGUGGAAAGAUAGAAAAGAACUCUGUCUUCAACAAUAUCGAGUACUGGCUGAGGUCAUUACUGACAAAUUUCAAAUCGAGUUGGGAUCCUCUGGAAAUCUCCAGUUUGAAGAGGAUGCUCUAGCGGGAAGUGAACUUUACCACCAUUUAAAGCAGAAGUUUGAUUCCUUUGUCUGUCAUAGGUUAAAAGAAAAAGUGGUGGGAGUGGACUUUCAGAAGGUUUGGGUUCUCCGUGGUCCUUACACCAAUACCCUUCUUCAGGUUAAGUUUAGAGAUGUGUUGGACAAGGUUUACAUAUUUGGUUCUGUACAAGACUUGAGUACUUCCCCGAUGGAACUUGCAGAACGUUUAUUGCUUGGAAACCGAGUGCAGGAAGAAGUGAUAGUGACUGGUUGCCUGGCUGCUGCCGACCCUCUGUUGAGCGACUCAGCGGCUGUCCAUCGUCAGUUGCUGCUGCGUUCUCACGUCUUGUAUCGCAUUCGUGUGGCUCUUCUCGCAGCUCUCGGUGUGGAGUGUUCUCAACUCUCUGACUGCUGUAAACAACCACACACUCGUAUAUCAUCGUCCCAGGUGGUGCCUCUGUACUUGGUUCUCUACCAGUACACCUUUCAGGAUUACUUCAAGCCACUGAAGAACACAACUGUUUCAACACCUACACCAGAAAAUGGUACAUCACUGUUACAGUCUGUGACCCAUCGCUCAACAUCCCAGCUUCUCACUAAACUUGUACUCACAUGUGCUAACUUGCACCAACUGGAUAUCCCAGUUAUGGAGCAUGUGUCUAUGGUCAACCUUUCCUACAACUAUCUGCAGGACUUAUCAACAAUAGCUUCUAUCUUUCCAAAAUUGUCUUUCCUCAAUGUAGCUUUCAACAGAAUAAGUUCCUUGGACACCUUGCAGAACAUGAAACACCUCAGCCACCUAGUGCUGGCUUGGAAUUCCCUCAAAUACUUGCUGCCCACAUUGAAAAAAAUAAAAGAGCUGUCCUCAAUGAAACACUUGGAGCUGAGUUAUAACCCAUUCCAAGACGUGCUGUCAAACCAGCAUGAGCUGUUUCUGGUGUGUAAACAUCUUAGUAGCCUGCUCUCAUUCAACGGUCACUCGCUGUCUCGGUCACUGACCUCGGGCCAGGUCACUCUACAGGGACAGGACCAGUUCCCCAUUGUUCCAGACUGGAGAGACACCAAAUGUCCUCUGAGUGUCAGGUGGAAGUCCAGACUGAGUGGUGCUUGUGGGAGGAAUCAUCUUGGUGUAACUGGAAGUCAGAUCACUAGCAUAAUAUUGCGGAACCUUAAACUGACACAAAUACGUUCAGCAUUCUCUCUAAACAAACUGAAGUGGUUGGACUUGUCAGAGAAUCUUAUAAGUGGCCCAGCUGUGCUAAAGAAUCUAUUGGUACUUGAAGAACUAAACCUUUCUUACAAUGUGAUGGAAAUUUUUUCUUGUACAACGGAGAAAUUCAAAAACUUAACAAAGCUUGAUCUGAGCCACAACUACAUCACUAAAUUGGUGGGCAUUAACAGCCAAUCAUUCCCUAACCUCGAGGUAUUGGAUUUGUCAAACAAUCAAAUUUGUUCACUGUCAGAACUGAUUGGAUUGAGAAGUUUAGUAGAACUCUACAUGAGCCAUAACUUUCUGAAGGACUAUGAGGACCUAACGUACCACGACAAUGCUUGGCAGAGCCUCAAGGUCUUGGAUCUUUCCUUUAACCCCUUUCCACGCAGCAAUGCUUAUAGACACACUUGUCUUUAUUACCUGCCUGGACUUGAGUAUAUCGAUGGAUCUUUAGUGGAAGAGGCAGAGCGAAAGAGUGCAAUGUUGCUUUAUGGAGGUCUGCUGGAUCAAGACUACCUCAUGAGAGUUUAUAACAAAUCCAGACUUUCAGGCCUAACUCACAUAUCUCUCACAAACUGUUCAAUCAAAAAGGUGUCACUGUCCGAUGAAAGUCUUGUUAAUGUGACCUCAGUAAAUCUGGAUCACAACAAAAUAUCAUCAUUAUCAUGGGUCCAUAUGUUUCCUAAACUGUCAAGGCUCAGUCUAAGUCACAACCGUGUCUGCAGCUUUUCUGGACGAGAUGCACUCACAGUCCCUCUUCAGAAACCUUCUCUGACUACUCUGCUCUUAGACAACAACGGACUCAGCAGCCUGUCACAGCUCCACUUGAAUCUAUUCCCUAACCUCAAACUGUUGGCACUGAAUGACAAUGAGAUACCCUCAUUAAAUGGAUUGAAGGGAAUGUUUCAGCUAGAACAACUGAUCCUGGACAAGAACAAACUGACCACUAUCACUCCUGACCAGACUCUAGAUCUGGAGAAUCUUAAAGAACUAUACCUGGAGCGCAACUCUCUGUCCAAACUCGAAUUUAUCAGACCGCUAAAGAAACUGAGGAAGUUGUUUAUAGGGUUCAACAAGUUCGUGGCCAAAAGUUCCCUCACACUCCUCAGUGAACUAGAGGAUCUACAAGAGUUAACCAUCCAUGGCAACCCUCUGUUCCGCCACAGCCACUCUUACAGAGACUAUCUGCCUGAAUUACCCAAGUUGCAGUUGUUAGAGGGUCACCCCGUCACAAUAAACUAAUCCAUUCUGGAUUUGUGACAAAAUCUUUCAAAUAAAAAAAAAACUUUAUAAACCUGAAAAUCUGUAGUAUUGGAAUGUAUUUAAUAUAUUUUACUCAUUCACACUAGAUUAAUAAUCAAACUACUAUAUAAAUAUACAACUACUAUCAAAUAUCACAUAUUUGUAACUCAUAAACUUUUACUCAACAGAAACAAAAAGUUUUUGAAGCACUCGGUACACACAACACUGUAAAAAUUAAAGGGGAGACCAACCUCAAAUUUUUUGAGACCCUUUACAAUCAAAACAAGUCAUGGGUAAACAGGAAGUACAUGCCUCUGUGGAGUAGUGGAUUAUAACCAAGGAAGGAGUGAACCCAACCAAAAAUUUGAGGUGAUUACGGGCACAGUUAGAGUUCUUUAUCAAGAACCUGUAUGUUUGCUAGGCACACGAAAAAUUUUUAAGGCCAUGAAAAGGUUCAGAACAAGGGCCACAAUGGUCACCCUAGGAUGAGAAAAUUAGGGAGUAGGCUGAGAAGGCAGUUGAGAUCAACAUUGUGAUGAGGAAGGAUGUAACUUUCAGCUCAGUCUAGAAACUUGUGCUUUAAAAAUUAACUGUUAACAAAGUAUAUGGGGAGUGAGGAUUUAUAUUUAUUUGUUAACAGCACAUUUUAAAGUGAACUGUUAAUCAGGAGAAGUUCUUUAAAUCAGUCUCACACACGUCAUCUUCACAACUGUCACCUAAGUGAAGUGCCAUGUAUAAGGGGAUUCUAGCUCUGCUAACAGUUGUCUGAUAUCAGUAGUAAAAGUUAUAAGAAGUUUGUUUUGUACAAAAUUGAUUUUUCUUGGAUAACUGUUUUCACAGAGACAUUAAAAAGAUUGACAUAGUGUGUUUUCCCUAAAUUCAAUUAUUUUGCAUUGACAGAAAGUACACUAUUCUCUCACUAUCUCUUAAAUAAGAUGUUGAAGCAAUGCAAUAAGUAUUGAUAGAAGUACAAUAUGCAAAUUUUAUAUGAAAAAUAAAGCACAGUAGCUAGAGAGAAACUUGGUGGUGAUACCAGAUACAUUGAAUUUGUUUCUACAGCUGCGAUGGUAGAAAGUUAAAGUCCAUUCAUUGGCCAGAUAUUGCACCCAGUCUCAACUAAUUUGCACGUUCCUUGGGGGAGGGAUUUGUCCUUCCUUUGGGAUCUGGUCCUUCUGGCUAUCAAGAUCUCUUUCUUGGCUGCAACUGGUCUUGAUGGAGAAAUGCAGUUCCAGCAUCUGUGCUGAGAACAUUAAGAUGUUUAAUCUUGUCAGAAGCAUUAUUAAAAUUGCCUCGCUUCAUUAGACAUUGUUGAGGUAUGAGCCACUCAUUCAUGGACAAUAUGUAUGAGCCACUUUGUCACAGCUGAAAUUAGGACCAGAGUUGCUGCAAGCACUUAGAGACUACGUGAAGAAUAUUUAUAAACAAAGUUAGAAGUGGCAAAUGAGAUUUCAUGUGUUUAUUAUGUAGACCAUGGUGCAAUCAGAAUGAUCUGUUGUCAUCAGUUUUACCUUGUAAGUUUUUUUUGGAAAUAGCAAGGUCCAGAUAUAUCUAUUAUUUGCUACAGUAGUUAUUUACUAAAAAAAUGCAGGAACAGACUGAUAACCUAACAGCACCUUCUUAAGAUUGUGUAGUCGCCUGUACAUCCGCCCAUAUCUGCUAAAUCUUGAUAAAAAGGUUUUAAAGACUUAAAAGUUGGGGCACAAGUUGCUUUUGGUCCAAGGAAGAAUUGCAUUGAUUUUGGGGUCAUAAGAACAGUCUGUCUCUGUCUGUAUCGGUUGAUAACUUUUUCAUUUCAUCCUAUCUCUUACUUUGAUACUCCAUUACAUUUGUUUACUGAAAGUUAAUUUAUUCAUUAAAAUAAAAAAUGUAAAUGAUAUAUGUUGUCUAAACUAAAUUGGCUUAUAUUGUAAGGAACAAACUGCUAUUAGUGUUUACAUUUCCUAAAAAUAUUGUUUAAAGCUCCAUUAAUGGAACUGUUUUUCCAGGAAUGUGUUUAAUCUAGAUUAGAAAUGAGAACACAAGUACUGUAAUAUGAUUGGUGUUAAAUAGUAUUGAUUGACUUCAAUCCUCUAUGGUGA